AUGCGCUUGUGGAGAGUCUUCAUUCAAGAUGGCCCUACACUUGAACCAUACUUCAAUCGGCAGACCGCAGGGGCAUCGGCUCCACCAGCAGACGUCAGCAAAGAAGCCGAGGAAGUAGGCGUUCUGGCCAUUGGAUUUGCUGAUCGGUAUUCUCACUCCAAAUACGUGGGAGCGGCUGCCGGUUCAACCUUUGCUCGAAUAUUUUUCAAACAGAUUGGCAUGACCAAUUCCUCGGACACGAACCAAGAAAACCCAGAGACGGAUGAAAACCUGGAAUAUACGGCUUCAAUCCCAUCAAAAGAUAUUUCUGGUUUCUUUAUAGUCCUUGCAUUAGCCUCGGACGAAGCUCGUGUUGACGAUGCUUAUACUUCAAUGCUGGAUUACAACACUCCGCGGGAUUAUUUCCAAACUGCACUUCAUUUCUUCAACCGUUUCCGGGAGCAUCCUCGCGACCUCUCGGGACUCCAAGCUGUCUUAUUGAUGACAAUUUGGAUGCUGAAUUCGCCCUCUUGCAAUCAUAGCAAUGAUCUUUGGCAUCUUACGAGAUAUGCUAUGUCCAUUGCGCUCGAGCUGGGUCUUCAUCGACAUAAUCCAUCUUGGCGCUUUGGGCCCGAAGAAAUUGAGAUUAGGUCUCGUACGUGGUGGACUGUCUAUAGUCUGGAGAGAUCCAUAGCUCUGAACACAGGGAGAGUCUUAUCAGUGCGCGACCAGGCAAUUGAUACCGCAAUCCCUUCGUUCAAUAGUCUCGACCAGCUUACUGAGCAAGAGGCGAAGACUGCCACUCUUUUCCACGCCAAAUCAGUUUGGCUCUUUGUCCAUAUGAUCGAACUUCGCAAAAUCGCCGGGCGCAUUCUGGAGUCAAUAUAUAUCGCUCGAGACCGGGAUGGGCGAUGUUCAUCACUCACUUUCCAAGAACUCUGCUCUAUUUCAGACAAUUUGCAUCGACAGCUGGACAACUGGAAAUCCCAACUUGAUGCUGCAGAAAUUGGCUCUUCACUGGAAUCUAAACUGAUGAGAAUUGAAUACUGCAUAAUGUUAAUGCAUCUGAAUCGUCCUUCACCAGCUUUCAUGGUUCCCUCACAAAUCAUGGUUGCUGUCUGCUCUCACGCAUCAUCCGGUGCUCUGAGACAGUGGGCGGCGAUAUCCAAUGAGUUUGGGAUAGAUGCUAUCUGUCGGUGCUAUCGCCAAUUCCAUGACAUUCUCAUGGCCGGCCUUGUUCGUCUAUACAGUGACUGGCAUACGCAAAAGGUUGCAUCAACCCCCAGACCAACUCGCCGACCCGAAGAUGCUGAAAUCUGCCUCGAUUUACUUCGUAAGGGAAUUUCAAACCUUCACGACCCUUCUCUUUCAAAAUUCCAAAGGAUAUUCUCUUCCCUCAAAGAGAAAAUAUAUGGUUCUGCGUCUGCGUUUGACGAGGCAAGCCAUGACAUCCCAUUUGCUCCGGUGCACAACCUUUCAAUAUUUACCAGUGCCCCGAAUAUGACCCGGACUCGAGAAUCUAGCCAUCAUGUCCCUAAUACCAACAUUGACAUGAUGCCUAUGGGAUCAGAGGGUCUCGAAAGUUAUUUGAAUCAAAUGACGACCAUUUUUGACAACGAGAUGUUUGAUAUCGAUGAUACGCUGACUGCUUGGUAUGGGUCUGUUCUUAAUGACAUUGGAGAUACCGAUCACAUGCGAAUUGGGUGA